AUGUCUAAGCUCAUUACCAUCUUUGGCGCCACCGGCAACCAGGGACGUUCCGUAAUCAAGGCCAUCCUUGCCGAUGCUGCGGUGUCGAAGGAAUUCAAGAUCCGGGGUAUUACCCGGGAUGUCUCCAAACCUGCUGCCCAGGAGUUGGUGAAGCAAGGAGUUGAAGUCAAAAGUGCCAAUAUGGACUCGACUGCUUCCAUCCUCGAUGCAAUCGGCGGCUCCCACACGGUGUUCUUCAUUACCACCUCAUGGAGCGAGAACGAAGGCGGCCCGGAAGUCGAGCUGACCCACGGCACUAAUGUCACCAACGCUGCUAAGGAGGCCGGUGUUGAGCACAUCAUCUACUCCUCUCUGCUCAACGUUACCGAGAUCUCUGGUGGCUGUCUCACACAUGUGCCUCACUUUGACCUGAAGCAAAAGGUUGAGAAGUACAUCCGUUUUUCUGGUGUCCCGGCCACAUUCGUCCUACCAGGCUACUUCAUGUCCAACUUUGCAGCAUUUGGUAUGAUCCGUAAGGAUGACGACGGCGUUUAUAAUCUCGCGUUUCCAGUCACCAACAACGCCAAGUUCCUUCUGAUCGACGUUCCCGAAGAUCUCGGCAAAUUCGUCCUCGCAGCCAUCAAGAAGCGCACUGAGCUUAUCGGUGCCCAGAUCUUGGCUUCUGCCGAUUAUUACACUCCCACUCAGAUCCUAGCCGACUUCGAAGCGGUUACUGGAAAGAAGACCCGAUAUGUGCAGGUAGAUGCGGAGACAUACAAGGGAUUCUUGCCGGUCCCGGUUGCCGACGAGCUUUUGGAGAACCACCUUUUUAUUGAAGAUCCUGGAUACUACAAUGGUCACAGCUUGGAGGAUAGUAAAAGGCUGCUGUCGGGCUUGGGUUUGAAAACGACCUCUUGGAAGGAGUAUGUGCAAAAGCACGAGGAAGCUCUAGCCUGA